AAGCCCAUCGAUUUGUUGAAGAAGAAGAAACCUUAAAACAGAGUUCCGUCUCUCGAUCUUCAGGUUUGAGAGGAACGGUGGUUGCUGGCCAAAAAACGCAGUUUUUCCUAGAACGCGAUACCCAUGGAAGGGGAGGUUCAAACAAGUUCGGAAGUUCAAGCGAAGGUGGCUGAGAGCAAGCCCGAGGGCGAUGUCCAGGUUAAGGUGGAAAGAGGUGAAGAAGAUAUUCUAGCGAAUGGGCUAUUAGAGAAAGAGGUAAAAGGACACAAAGAAGAUGAGGAAGCUUCUCUAGAUGGAGAAUUCAUAAAAGUGGAGAAGGAAUGCUUAGAGAUGAAGGACAGUUCCCAUUCAAUCGAAGCAGCCGCAGCUGGAGAUAAACCAGCAGUCAUAGAAAGAAGCUCAAGCAAUCCAAUGGCUAGCAGAGAGUUGUUAGAAUCUCAAGAGAAGAUCAAAGAACUUGAGUUUGAAUUGGAAAAAGUGGUUGGAGAAUUAAAGCGUUCUGAAACUGAAAAUGCUCGGCUGCAGGAGGAGGUUCUACUUACAAAGGAGAAGCUGAAUGAAAGUGUGAAGCUCUGUGAAGAGCUUGAACUUGGUCAGAAAAGAUUGCAAGAACAGAUUAUACAAGUAGAGGAUAAGUACCAGUCACAGCUCAACAGUCUCCAAGAGGCAUUGCAAGUGCACGAAAGAAAGCAAAAGGAGUUGAUCAAUGCGAAAGAAGCACUGGAACUGAUUACUGUAGAGCUUGAGAGCUCAAGAAAUAAAAUGCAGCAGUUAGAGGAAGAGCUGCAAUCAUCGGCAGGCGAGGCACGGAAAUUUGAGGAGCUAAGUAGGCAGAGUGGUUCACAUGCUGAAUCUGAGACAAAGAGAGCUUUAGAAUUCGAAAGGCUGCUUGAAGUAACAAAACUGAGUGCAAAAGAGAUGGAAGAUCAAAUGAGUUCUCUACAAGUAGAACUUCAGGGCCUCUACGACAAGAUUGCGGAAAGUCAGCGUAUUGAUGAAGAGCUAAAGAAUACUGCAGCACAGCUAUCUGUAGUUAAAGAGGAGCUGGUGCUUUCUAAAGAACAGCGGCUGGAUCUGGAGCAGAGGCUUUCUUCCAAGGAAGCUAUUGUAAAAGAACUGAGCCAAGAAGUGGAUCUACGCAAAACAUCAGAAGCACAGAUGAAGGAAGAUAUUAUGUCUCUAGAGAAUCUGUUUGUCUCGACCAAAGAAGAUCUUCAGGCUAAGGUUGUUGAGUUGGAAGAUGUUAAAUUGAAACUGCAGGGAGAAUUGGAAAGGAGAAAACUGGUUGAAGAUGGAUUGAAAAAUCAGGAGAUACAACUCUCAACUGUUCAGAAAGAAUUGGCUAAGGUGACUGGAGAGAAAAAUGCUCUGGAAGCAGCUGUAGCUGAUCUUAACAGUACGGUAAAACAAAUGAAGGAUCUGUGCAGUGAUCUUGAGACCAAGUUAACGAUAUCAAAUGAAAAAUUCAGCAAGGCAGAUUCUCUUCUAACUCAAGCUUUGUCAAGUAAUGCAGAUCUGGAACAGAAGUUGAAGUCUCUUGAAAAGCUCCAUCAAGAAUCUGGUACAGCUGCCUCCACUGCUAUGCAGAAAAAUGUUGAACUUGAGGAGAUCAUCCGAGCAUCAAAUGCAGCAGUAGAAAAAGCAGAGUCACAGAUCAGAGAGAUUGAGAUGCGGAUGAUAUCGUCAGAACAGAAGAAUGCUGAGCUUGAGCAACAGCUAAACUUGGAGGAACUCAAAAGCAGCAAUGCUGAUAGAGAUCUUAAAGAAAUCUCUGAGAAGACAGCUGAGCUCAAUGCUAUGUUGGGAGCAAUUGAGAAAGAAAAGGCACAGCUGAAGAACCAAAUGCAAGAAUAUGAUGGAAAGAUAACCCAGUUGGAAUCUGCUUUGAACCAGUCAUCUUUGAGGAACACAGAGCUUGAACUAGAGCUGAAGGAUAUUGCAGAAAAAUGUGUUGAGCAUGAGGGUCGAGCUAAUACAACACAUCAACGCAGCCUUGAACUGGAAGAGUUGAUCCAGAUGUCUCAUUUCAAAGUAGAGGAUGCUGGCAAAAAGGUGGGUGAUUUGGAGUUGCUCCUAGAAACAACAAACCACAGAGUACGAGAACUUGAAGAACAGAUAAGCACAUUAGAAGCAAAAUGUGGAAAUUCUGAAUCAGAAUCCAAGCAAUUUUCUCAGAAGGCUUCUGAACUUGCAGUAGAACUAGAGGUUUUCCAAACAAAAGCAUCUAGCCUUGAAAAUGCACUACAAGUGGCAACUGAAAAAGAAAGGGAAUUGGCCAAAUGCUUGGGUGCAAUUACUGAAGAAAAGAAGAAGUUUGAAGAUGAAUUGAACAGUUCCACCAAGAAGCUUUUGGAAGCUGAAAAUAUGCUAGAGGCCUUGCAGAACAAACUGAAAUCAACACAAGAGAACCUCGAGAGCAUAGAGAAAGAUUUUAGGGCUUCUGGAAUUAGAGAGAGUGAGAUACAGGAGAAGCUUAAAUCUGCAGAAGAACAAUUAGUAGAACAAGGAAGAGUAAUACAGCAGGCUACCGCAAAAAGCUCAGAGCUGGAGUUAUUAAAUGAAUCUCUAGCCCGGGAUUUAGAGGUAAAGCUUCAGGAAGCAAUAGGAAAGUUCACCACUAGAGAUUCCGAGGCUAAGUCCUUGUAUGAAAACCUAAAGACUCUUGAAGACCAAUCAAAGUUUUACAAAGAGCAAGCAGCUGAAGCAGCUGAAAGAUCUGCCUCUUUGAAGGCUGAUUUGGAUCAGAGUGUGAUGAAAGUAUCGACUCUUGAAAGCACCAAUGAUGAUCUCAAAAGAAACGUCUUGGAAGCGGAAGAUAGAGCUGCCCAGUCCUUCUCAGAGAACGAAAUCUUAGCUGAGACUAACUUCCAGCUCAAAAACAAGGUUAAUGAGCUUCAGGAACUGCUAAGUUCUGCUCGUGCUGAAAAGGAAGCAGCUGCUCAACAACUUGCGUCACACAUGAAUACCAUAACUGAAUUGACAGAUCAGCACUCAAGAGCCUUGGAUGUUCUAUCUACUACUGAAUCCCAAAUCACAGAGGCUGAAAUGCAGUUACAAGAAGCAAUUCUGAAAUUCACUCAUAAAGAUUCAGAAGCAAAAGCCUUAAAUGAGAAGUUGAAUGCUCUUGAAACCCAAGUAACAAAGUAUGAAGAACAGGUUCAUGAUGCAAUGGCUGUUGCAGAAACUCGGAGCUUCGACUUAGAAGAAACUUCACUGAAAUUAAAGAAUCUGGAGAUCACUUUUGAAGAAACACAAUCUAAAGCUCGUCAGUGUGAGAAAGAUUGCAAAGAGCUAGCUGAGGUGAACAUGAAACUUAGCCAGGAACUUGCAGCCUGUGAAUCCAAAAUGAAUGAUCUACAAACAACACUGUCGGCAGUCCUUGUUGAGAAAGAUGAAACUCUUGAACAUUUACAAUCUUCAAAAAAGGCAAUAGAAGAUUUGACAGAACAGCUCACUGCUGAGAGGCAAAGCCUACAUGCUCAGAUAUCUUCACUUAUGGAAGAGAACAACAUGAUCAAUGAAACACACCAAGGUUCCAGAAAAGAACUUCAAACAGUGAUAGUCCAACUAGAAGAACAACUGAAGGAACAAAAGGCAAGGGAACUUACCUUAACUGGAGAGCUGGAAAGUCUUAAAGUCGAGGUUACUGAGAAAUCUGUGUUGCAAACUCGGGUGACUGAACUUGAACAACAAUUGAUGUUGGUUGAGACUCAACUGAAAGAAGAGGUUGAAAGAGUUAAAGUUGUGUCUGCUGAGAAAGAGGCUGAACUAGCCAACAAAUUGGAUGAGCAAGCACUAAAGGUCCAGGAAAGAGAUGCUUUAGGUGAAAAAGUACUGCAACUUCAGAAGGAGCUCGAUCUUGCAUACUUGGCAGUUGAUGAACAGAAAAAAGCAGAAUCUAAGAAAGAGUUUGAACGAGAAUCUUCUGUGAAGCAUUCACUCGAGGAGCUUGAGGCAAAGAGCCAACAAAUCAUGCUUUUCGAAAAGCAAGUUGAAGAGCUUGAGAAGCAACUGCAGCUUGCCAGUGAAAAGAUAAAAGAAAAGGAUGAAGAAGAGAAAAAGCUUGCUGCUGUCAGUGCAGAGUUGGAUGAAUUGAAGAAGAGAUCCAGUCAGACUGCUGAACUAGAAAAGAAGAUUGAGGAACUUGAAAACAAGGUGAAGUUAGCAAGUAUCAAUGCCAAGGAUCAGGGUGGACUUGAGGUGAAAUCUAGAGACCUUGGAUCAACUGUGUCAACUCCAUCAAAAAGAAAGAGUAAGAAAAAAGCAGAUGCAGCAUCUCCUCAAGCAUCUUCAUCUUCUGGGCUUCAUGUUGAAGCCCAUGAGUCUACUUCUUCUUCCUCUGUCAUGACCUUAAAGUUCGUGCUGGGAGUAGCAUUGGUGUCUGUGGUCAUAGGUGUUAUUCUUGGAAAGCGUUAUUAGCUUUAUUGUUUGUUUAUAUUUCUCCCUCAUUUUUCAGUCUCUAGAUUGGUGUAUGUUAUUAGUUUUUUUGCACAUCAAAGGAAAGUUUGUUAGUUUCUUUUUAAGAAGUUGGGUGGGGAAUUUAUUUUUAUUCAAUACCUACCUGUAUGCAGGGCCUUGCAAUUGAUUUUUGUAUUCAAGUUUG